AAUAAAGAAUCUGGAAAUAAACUCAUCAGUUUAUUCAUGUAUAUAAAUCCCAAAGAGUUGAAAACAGGCAUUCAGAAAGAACCCAUACAGGAAUGUCUACCACAGUGGGCACAAGAGAGAAGUAACCCAAAUGUCCAUCCACUGCUGAGCGGAUACAAAACAUGUGUGGUCUAGCCAUCCAGUGGAAUACUAUUCAUCCAGGAAAAGGAAAGAAGUGCUGAUUUGUGCUACCACGUGCAUGGGCCCUAUGCUCAGUGACAGCAGCCAGACACAGAAGGCCACCUAUUUAUUGUAUGCCUCCAUCUCUGGGAAGUCUCCAGAACAGGCAAAGGGCUGUGGAUAGGAACUUGAUGAGUGCUUGCCUAAGGACUACGGGGGUAGGGUGGGGGAAACUGCAGGAGUGGGCAGUGGGGAGUGACUGCCUGGUCGAGACAAGGGUUUCUCUUUGCGGUGGUGCCAACGUUUUGGAACUAGAUACAGUGGUGAUGGUGGUCCAGCACCGCCAGUGUAUACUUGGUGCUACUGGGUAGUCUGCUGCUUUCUCUGUACAAAGGUCUCCUCCCGUGGAAAGGGAGAGUUCCGACAAAGAGAGGGUCCAGUGGGCAGGGUGAGCAGGAUUCUGCCAGAGUCAUGUCUUUGCAGGCUCAGGCCUGCGGGGGUGGGGGUGGGGUGGGGGGCAUGGGAAAUCAGUGAUCUUAGGGAGUCUGCCUGUCACAGACUGUGUGCCCCGACCAAUGAGGGGCCAGUCCAUGGUUUCUAGGAAAUGGAGUAGAGGUCUGAGAGUACCGGUUGUCUUGAGAGGAUGGGACCAGCUGACUCAUCCCGUGGCACCUCAUCCCACCGCACCGCAAAGCGAGGCCUCGGAGGAAUCGGGAUCAGUGGUCAGCAUGCCCAGGGAAAGGGGCCAUUGAAGGUCGUCUUGUCGCCGCUCCCGCACCGCCUGUGCCGAGCUGUCUUUCUCUGUGAGCCACGUGGAGUGCCUCCUGUGGGAAGGCCACUAUGCCCAGCGCCUCAGCUCGUCCACACCCAUCUUCCUAGCAGCCAUCAUGUAGCACCUAACUACCAAGGUCCUGGAGCUGGCAGGCAACGAGGCCCAGAACAGCGGUCAGAGGUGCAUCACCCCAGAGCUGGUGGACAUAGCAGUCCACCACAACGUUCUGCUCAGCGGCUCUUUUGGGAUGACAACCAUUUCCCUGGUGGCCCCAGCCCGGCACUAGCUGCUCAACCACACCUGGGUCCCGGGUCCCGGGCCCCCAGACGGGCCUCCCCCCUGCUGUUGGGCACCAGGCCUGCUCACUGACUGACUGCACAGCCCGGUGCCUCGGGCCCAGUCAUGUUGAAUUAAUAAGUGUUUCAAGACAUCCCUGUGUGUGCUUCAAGUCACUUGGCCUGGGAGGUGGAGGUGGGACACCCCUCCUUCGAGA